CCCGCGGCCUGGCGGACGGCCUCAGUGGCAGCUGGCGGUUUGAGAGCGGGGCCGGGUUGAGGCCUUCGGGCUGCCCGCCGUCAUGAAGCUGACGCGGAAGAUGGUCCUGUCCCGGGCCAAGGCCUCGGAGCUGCACAGUGUGCGGAAGCUCAACUGCUGGGGCAGCCGCCUCACUGAUAUCUCCAUAUGCCGGGAAAUGCCCAGCCUGGAAGUGAUCACCCUCAGCGUCAACAGCAUCUCCACCCUGGAGCCCGUGAGCCGCUGCCGGCAGCUGAGCGAGCUCUACCUGCGCAAGAACUGCAUCUCCAGCCUGGCGGAGCUCUUCUACCUGAAGGGCCUCCCGUGCCUGCGUGUGCUGUGGCUGGCGGAGAACCCCUGCUGCGGCGCCUGCCCUCACCUCUACCGCAUGACCGUCCUGCGCAACCUGCCUCACCUGCAGAAGCUGGACAACCAGGCACCUCCAGGGCGGGAUGCAAUGGUGGGGGGCCCAGCCCUGCUCCCGGGUGCUGGCCGUCGGGGUGGACAGUCAGCCGCCUCAUCCCCGAAGCAGGCCGUGCUGAGUGCCGAGGGGACGGCGGGGCCACGGCUCGCGGGGCUCGCUUGCGGUGAGGCCACUGAUGCUUUCGCCCCCUCCCCCUCCCAAGCUGUGACGGAGGAGGAGGUGUCCCGAGCGCUGGUGGAGGGAGAGGAGGUCACGGCCCCCAGCAGACAGCACUCAGGGAAUGGCCCGCCCGAGCUGUCCUACACCCUGAGCGCCGAGGACGCCGCCGCUGAGAUGCCACGGGACCCACUGAGCCUCGGCGAGGAGAGCAGGCGCCGGACCCACAGAUGUUGUGUGAACAGUGCCGGUGGGGCUCCGCGCCCCUCGGGCCUCACGCCCCGCUGUCCUCCCCCCGCCCCGCUCACCCAGGGGCAGCUCGGCCUGAAGCGCCCUUCCCGGGACCAGUUUCCUUCCUUCUCGCAGAGGGCGGCCACAAGCGGUCGCAAGAACAGGAACAACGUCCUGACCGCCGUCCUCCUGCUGCUGCGGGAACUAGACAGCGAGGGGCUGGAGGCCGUCCACCAGCGCGUGGUCAGCCGGCUCCAGGCCCUGCAGAAGCAGGAGCUGCAGGAGGCCAUGGAGUGACUGUCAGCGGGGACCCCGAGCUGAAGUCCGGCGUCUUCCCGAGCACCUGGGAGGGUGGGGGUCACAGCUGCGGCCUCUGCUCGACCCCAGGCUGAGCCUCGGCGCACAGGGCUGCGUCCUUAGGAAGCCUCGCCCACCCAGGAAAGCCGAGCUUGCGCUGUGGAUGGGCACCACCCGGGGCAGGAGGGGCUGGCUGGGCAGACCUGCCCCUGUGCCCUCUGCUGUGAGGGGCCGUAGCCAGAUGCCCUCCUGUAUGGCAGGGCCACCUCGACUUGCCUCUUCCUGAAGGUGGGCUUUGCAGCCGUCCUCCCUAAUAAAUAUUUUUCCAAAGUCUGA